AUGCCUGUUCAAGGCACUUUAUCUGAUUUCUUGACUACACCACAUCAGGAGUGGGUAGCGGUACCUGACGACCUGAUCAGCGAAGAAUCAGACUUUCAUGGCAAUGCCGACACCAAAUCGUUCUACAACAAGCUUGCGGCUUCCUACAAUCCUCGGAACUACUGGACCAUCCACGAGUGGAACCUUCAAGUCAUUGCAGAACAGGGCAAGCAAGCGCAGAGAAAAGCAGCCGAAGAUCGCGCGAAAAUAGAUGCUAAGCAACAUGUGAAAACCGAGUCGACGCCAAAUCCCAGCUCUGCCGGGGAGCAUCAUAAUGUGCCACAGGACCGGCAGGUCAAGCAUGAAGAUGGCAGACCUUCUGAUGAGAGCGAUAAACUGGUUGUCGACACAGUUGCGCCAGCUGCCGAUGACGCCGGUUACACUACUAAGGACAGUGAGCAGGAGGAGGUGAAGCCACAGAAUUACUACGAAGGGAAAGAACUGGCAAAACAACUCUCGGAGUCCUUUCCAGACUUUCUCAAGAGACUUCCACCCUCCACAACAACGACCGCCAGGGGACCGUGGAUCUGGAUCGCCAAUCCUUAUCCAUCUCUCAAAAGAAACUCAGCAGGCAAACGCGUCACAGACCCCGAGUCCUCGGAUAUAGCGACUUUCCGUCAACUCGGGUCUCGGUUACUGGAAGCCUUCAGCUCACGCAAGGAGGAGGUCGAAGCUCAGAAUCCGGGCAAGGCGCCAGGCACUAUCACACGCAUCCUCCGACCGGACCGUAUGCGUCUGGAAUCUGCGAUCCGUGAUCUGGCACGCGAGAAAAACGUCACAUGCGGCAAAUGGAUGCUCUUUCCCAACGCUAGCGACGUUGAUUGGGCAUGGUCGGUCGUCGCGAGAGGCGUGUGGGAGGGUAAACUCGGCAUCUCUGCAAAAGUGGCCACGGCCCCGGUUGGUGCUGCUGCGGCGGUGGAUGAGGCAGUGGAAGGAGCCAGAGACCGGGAGCAGAGAUUGAUCUGUGUUUACACGUAUGACUUCUCGGACAAGAACGAUGUCAAGCGCGUACUGCUGGGCCUGAAACAACUCGGAUUGCUGAACAGCGACAAUUACAGUGAUGGAACCCGCGCUAGCAGUGGUAAUGCGAGGGUGAUCUACUACAAGUGCGAUGCGUACACUCAUCUCGACAUUUCGAGCAACAAUGAGUACAAAUUGAAGGCGAGCAUGUACAACAGUCGGGAUAUGCUUGCCGAGCGUUAA